CAUCGCAUCCUAUUUCAACUACAUCCGCACCGCAACUCUCCCCCGGAAGAUGUCCUCACAGCAAGACGAUCCCGCAGCCGCCUGCCCCGUCGACCACAAAACUCGCGAAGCAUGGCUCAAACAAGCCCGCACGUCACAAUCCCAACCUCCCCUCCAAACCUCCGGCUGCGACUCCUCACAAAUGAACCAAUCCGCCCCUUCUCCACCUCCCACAUCCCUCGGCAUACUAGGCUCAAUAGGCCUGGGCACGCAGAGAGAAGUGUCCACAAUACCGCGCGCAACACCUUCCGAAGCAGCCUCAAGAGAUGCAGCACCAGCAAGCAAGCCAGCGAACAGUGAAAGAGACACCGGAGCGGACAAAAAGACAGGAAACUGGAUAUACCCGUCGGAGCAAAUGUUCUUCGAGGCCAUGAAGCGCAAGAGCUAUGAUCCGCAGGCAGCGGAUAUGAAGACCAUAGUACCGAUCCACAACGCGGUGAACGAGCGCGCGUGGAUGGAGAUCAAGCGGUGGGAGAAGGGGAGGGGGAGCGAAGUUUGCGGCGGCCCCCGCCUCGUCUCCUUCUCUGGCCUCUCGACAUCGCUCACGCCGCGCGCACGCUUCAACACGCUGCUCGGCUACAAGCCGCCCUUCGAUCGCCACGACUGGGUCGUCGACCGCUGCGGGACCAAAGUCGAAUAUGUGAUUGAUUUCUACGCGGGCAAAGAUGAGGGGAAACCUGGGAAGGAACUCAACUUUUACUUGGACGUACGGCCCAAGCUGAAUAGUUGGGAGGGCGUAAAGAUGAGAGCGUUUAGGUUUGUGGGGCUGUGAAAUAAUAGUUGAAGGAGGGGUGAGUGUAUGAUAUGUAUUUGGAUAUACUGUGUAUAUGGGGUCUUGUGUAUGAUAUGGGGUUGAAUGACGGCAAUUUGGAGGCAUGAUGGUAGGAUAACAUAGAAGGAGGAUGAUAUGUGAUACCAUGUCUAAGUAUAAGACAGCAGAAGCCGAACUUCGCUCCAGGAAAAGCGCCGCCACCCAAGGAGCACAAUUGAUGCUUUCCAACGCCUCAUACGCCAUAUCGUAUGACGCGUG